AUUAUUCAAUAGUUGAAUGUCUACAAUGGUUUGUUGAAUGAGGUGUUUAAUGUGAUGUGGAUUAAUUGGUGUUGAAAAGAUUCAACAUGUUGAAUGAGAAAAAAGUGGGGCCACAUGCAACACUUUACACAAUUUUAUUGGUUGUUGUGAUUAUUUAGAUUUUAUUUUCUUUUAAUCAUUUAAAAUUAAUUAUUUCAUAGUAAAUAAAUUUUUUAUUUAUUUUUAUUUUUAUCAAAAUUCAUUAUUUUUUUUCCUCUAUAAAUAGAGACUUGGUUCAUUUGAUUUGGACUCAUAAAAAAAAAUUCACUUUUUUCUCUCAAUUUUUUUUUUCUAUUUAGCCUUAAAAAAAUCAUUGUUUGUAGCUCUAAACAUCCUUGUAGUGAAAUGGAUCCCAACAAUAACCCUUUUAACACCCAAAAUUCUACUAAUUAUCCUUUCAACUACCCAAAUUCCAACAACUAUAUAUUUCAAAAUCAGUCUUCCAACAAACAAGGUCCCCAAAAUAUACCAAAUUAUGGAUUUCCUCCGAAUUUCAUAAUGUCGUCAUCUAAUCCAAGUUAUCGCCCAUAUUAUGGAAUGAUGCCAUAUUCAUCUCAAACACCCCCUGAUUAUUCUUCUACUCCGAUGAGAAAUGAAAAUAUUUCGAAUGUUGGAGUUGAUGAAUUUCCUGAGUUUUCUACACAAAUGGAUAUUGGUGCCAUGAGAGGUGGUCAAGGAGCCACUCCAAAUGCAGAUGAUUCAACUCCUAUACGCCGGAAAAGCCCCAAAUGGACCACUGAUCAAAAUUUGGUUCUAAUUAGUGGGUGGAUUAAAUAUGGAACAGAUAGUGUUGUUGGGAGAAACCAAAAAAGUGAUUCAUAUUGGGGGAAAAUUGCUGAUUAUUGUAAUGAGCAUUGCUCAUUUGAUCCUCCCCGUGAUGGAGCUGCAUGCAGAAAUCAUUACAACUACAUGAGCAAAAUACUCAAUAAAUGGAUUGGCGCUUAUGAUAAUGCUAAGCGUAUGCAACAAAGCGGGUGGUCGGAGAAUGAUGUAUUGGCAAAAGCGCAUGAAUUAUAUUCAAGUGGUAAGAGUGGACAUUUUCUUUUAAUGUCAGAAUGGCUUGCUGUCCGUGAUCAACCACGUUACGGUAGUCAGGUAGGAGGAAAUACUGGAUCUGGAAGUAGUGGAUCUAAGAGAGUCCAUGAGAGUGAUGCAAGUGAUUCCAACUCUGUUGGAUCAAGUGCUCGCCCAAUGGGGAGGGAUGCAGCUAAAAAAAAGGGUAAAAUAAAAAGCAAGGGCGCAACCUUGGAAUCGGUCAAUGAAGAGUGGAAUGAAUUCAAACAAUUUAAGGAGAAAGAGUUGGAACGAUUGGACAAAAUAGCCAUGAGGCAAGAGGAAGCUAACCAAUUGUUGAAAGAAAAUACUGAGGCUAAGAAGAUGAAGAUGUUUAUGAAGCUAAGUUCAAAGGAGCAUCUCGAUGACCGAAGCAAAGAGUUGUUGGAAAAGUUAGGCCGUGAUCUAUUUGGAAAUUAAGUGUUGUCAAGUCGUUAUUUGUAGUUUGUAUUUUGAUUUCUAUGUUGUCACAUUAUUUGGUCUUCCUAUUUUGUCAAGUCGUUAUUUGUAGUUUGUAUUUUGAUUUCUAUGUUGUCACAAUAUUUGGUCUUCCUAUUUUGUCAAGUCGUUAUUUGUAGUUUGUAUUUUGA